AUGACUCCAUUUGUAUUUUUAGAUCAUUUAGAUAAAGGUUUAAGAGACGUUAAAGAAAAUAAUCUAAACCUUGCCGAGCAAUCACUCAGUCAAGCUUUAAAGAUUUUAUCCGCGUCGCCAAUUUCCUCAAAAUUCAAUGGAGAGAAAGCGAGAUGUUUUCAUACCAUGGCGGAGAUAUAUUUAACCCGAGCCUCUCAUCAGGUGAAUGACGAUGGUUUUUGUGAAAUGAUGGUUAAAGGCAUCGCUCUAUUCGAGGCUGAGCGAAUAUACAAGUACGGCAGUUACAAAGAAGACAAAGAAAUCAACACGGCCAUCUUAGAAGCAGAGGUAAAGUUUGUUGAUAGAGUAUUCGGGCCUAGAGGCGUUGAAAGCUUUAAGGAAAUGAGCGAUAAAAAAAUACUGAAUCGCAAAAAAUUGGAAGAGGUUCGUUCAAAAGUCACUAACGAAUAUUUUCCAACGCUUGCCAAAAUUCCAGACUGGAACACAGAAGACGAAGAAGAACGAUCCCACGAAAUAGAAAGUAUGUAUAAUAAAAUUUACGAUGACAUGAAGUGCUUCCUGGUUGACAUUUUGAUUCAUUGUAGUCAAAUUGCAGGUCCAGCACCCUGCAACUUCUCCAUCAUUGGUCUAGGAUCUACAUCUAGAAAAGAAGUCACUCCCUACUCUGAUUUAGAGUUUUCAAUUCUGGUUGAUGACAACAGCAAAACCCCUUCACUGGAACAACGGCAGUAUUUCCGAUUCCUGACUUAUUUUAUUCAAAUUCAAAUUAUCAAAUUAGGAGAAACAAUUUUACCAAGUGUUGGCAUUUCUAGUUUAAAUGAUUUCUACAGCAAAAAUAAAGAAGAUGAUUGGUUUUACGAUGAUGUUAUUCCAAAGGGAUUUUCGUUCGACGGUAUGAUGCCAUGGGCGUGCAAGACACCUCUUGGAAGAAAAGAAUGGCAUGGACAACCUGCACAAGAGUACAUCAUGACAGUUGAUGAAAUGUUGAAGCUUCAAGACGUCAUUCCUGGCUCUUCUAUGGAGAGUCUGAAAACUGCAAAUGUUUUCAGGAGCGUUUGUCACCUUUUUGGCAACGAAAAACUUACGAUGAUAUACGAGCAGAAAUUGUCAGCCCACCUCACUCAUAUUGACAGCAUGAGAAGUUUCCGAGAACAAGUAUUGCAGAUCAUGGAAAGUUUGAUCGAGACCUAUGGCGAGGAAGGAAUGCCUAUGCAACAUUUUGGAACACAGCAAGACGUGAAAAAAGAGAUCUAUAGAUUGACAAGUCUUCUUGUUGAACAAUUAUCAAAAUUUUAUUUAAUUUUCGGUCAUAGUUCGUGGCAAUGUGUACAUGAAAUGAGAAUGAAGAAGAUACUAACUGAAGAUGGAGCUAAAAAUCUACUUGCAGCAUUGAGUAUCACAACUGAACUUCGUUUGAAGUGUUACCAGAGACAAGGUAGGCAAAAGGAGGCAUUGCCUUCAGUUCCACAACUGUCAGUAACAGAAGACAAGGAUAUUUCAUGCCCCCUCUCGACAGCUAUCGUUCGUCUUUAUCAAAGUCUUGUACCUUUGAAAUCUGUCGUAUUUCAAAUCCUAGAAAUUUACAGGAACCAUGACCUGUAUGAACCAGAAACGUCGGUUGCUGCAUUGCUUCAGCAAGCAAAUUUUAUGGAUGUUUCGCCAUUGACAACAGCCGCAGCGUACGUACGUGUCUUGCAGCUUCCUAAAGCGUUCAAUUGUUUACUUUCCGCCAAAGGUGGCAUAAUGGAUAAUACCAGUAGGGUGAGAAUACUUCUCGUGCUCGCCAAUUGUUACAAGAUGGUUGGCAAGUUUCACGAAGCCAUAGAGUGUUGCCGUGAGGUGGAAACCUUGUGCACAGGGGCACAUGAUGUUAUUGAAACAAACAGUUUAUUAGAUGCGUUGAAGAUGAUCAUGGAUAUCUAUAUGGAUCAGGGACUCUUCCAAGAAGCUGUGCAAAUGUACAAACAAAUCGUGGAUUUUCAUGAGAGGCAGGAUUUGAGUGAAAGUUUCGUUAAGGAUGAGUUGGAUUUUCUUAACAGCAGCGCUAUUCUUUUUAUGAAUUUGAAGCAGUACAAUAAAGCUGAAGGCAUACUUAGAAGUAUCACUGAGAUGCUACGGAACCAACGGAAGCAUUAUUUCAGUUAUUUUAUGUGCUUAAACAACCUUGCCGUCAUUUUGCUUAACGCGGACAAGCUUACUGGAGCGAAAACUAUAUUGAACGAUGCUUUAGAGAUUGCCAGUGAGCUUUAUGGAGAAAACGCUGUUCAUCCCUAUUUUGCUCGCUGUUUGACCAACCUUAGUGAAGUUCAUUACUAUCUCCAGAAUAUUGAAGAAGCAGAUCGUUUGCUGCAGUUGGCGCUGAUAAUUUAUUCUCAUGUCCACGAGCACGAGUUGAUCGAUCCGGGUAUUAUCGAGACACUGAUUAUCAAAGCUCAAAUAUGCCAGUUUUAUGAGCUAUGGGACGAAAUGUUCAACUCCUUAAACAAAGCGAACGAAAUUUCUAAGAUUUUGUACAAAGGCAACCCACAUACAACUGCCGCGUCUAUACUUUUCUAUCUUGGCAUUUGUGAGCAAGAACGUGGAAAGUUCUUGGAAGCCUUAAGCCAUUACCAAGAAUAUUUGAAAAUUUAUGAAAAUGUAAGAAUGGAAUGUCAACAAAGUGGGCACAAUUGCAACACUGCCAAUGUUCUUAUACACAUUGCAAACGUAGGAGAACAUUGUUCUUAUGAUGUUUCGUAUCGUCUGUCAUGCGUCGAAAAAGCGCUGGAGAUAGAAAAAAAGCGCCACGGCAAGGAAUCUAAUCACCGCCAUUUGGCCAUAUGUUUCGGAACUCUCGGUUAUUUAUUGAUAAAGGAUAACCGUGAAUCAAAGGGGUUGGAAUAUCUCGGCAAAGCCAUGGAAAUGCUUGAAGAGAUUAAUUUCAGAGACGAUAAAGUCUUUGGCCAUGCACACCUAACAAUUGGAGAACUUUUAGGAGAACAGUCUCCCAAUAAAGCUGAAAAGCACUUGAGAACUGCAGAAGCUGUUUUAAAGAAGACCUUGAAAAAUAGUAAUGAUUUCGCACUACUUCAUAUCAAUUCUUCGCUGCUAAAGAUUUUCCUACAGACAAGCAGGAUCGAGGAUGGCCUCAAACUUGCCAAACAACAGCGACGCCUGAUUGAUACAAUGUUGUCUAAACCCAGUGUUCCUAACGCUGGACAGCUCUACCAAGUUGUGUAUCUUGGCAUGUUUUAUGAAGCCACUGGACGACGAAACACUGCAAAGGACAUGUAUAUCGACGUAAUCGCCCGCCUCGAGGAACAGGUCGAUCCGACCGAUUCGGAGCAAGAUUAUUUAAUGCCUUUACUUUGGAAGAUCCAACAACGACUAGGAGAAAUUUUCCGACUUGAUGGAAUGUUCUGUGAUGCAGAAGCCAUGGUCCAGCGCAUUGCCUUGUCAGUUAAAAAGACAAGUUUACAGCGAGAAUUAAAAGUAAAAGCAGUAAGAGCGCAUCAUGAAACUCUAUUGCAGCUAGCAACAAUUUUUAUGGAAACUGGAAGACACGAACAAGCAUAUGAACUGCUUCGCGAUCUCAUCAACAUGUACGAGGAAGACCCCAAAUCCAUUGAUACCCAUACAGCUUCGGGUGCUUUUCUCAUGCGUGGUGAACUGAACCGUCAACGCUUUCGCUUCAACCCUGCAUUGCAUGAUCUGCAAAAAGCUUUGAAAAUAGCCGAAACGUUUCGAGGAACACAAGACAGUGAAAUGUAUGCCAUAAUCAUGAACGCUAUUGGAUUAAUUUAUGAGCAAAGCAACAAGCCGGAACGUGCCCGCGAAUACUAUCUUUGCUGCAUAAAUACUGUCGCAGGAAUACCACCGACCAUGCAUACAGGAAUUUUUCAUCAAAAUCUGGCGGACACACUGAAAACGUUAGGGCGACUGGGUGACGCCUUAGUGCACUACAAAAAAUCUUUGGAAAUCAGGGAAAUGCUGUUUUCAGAGGAUCCGGUAAGAGAAGAUAUUGCCACCGUGCUUUACCAUAUUGCUCUCGUCCAGUAUACUGAUAAAAGACCCAAGGACGCUUCUAAAACUUUGGAUAUGCUUAUACCCUUAAGAAGAGAACUUCUUAAAAAAGGCGGUUCUUUGCAGAAUUAUUGUGCCGUGUUUGUUCUAAAAGGUAAUUGCCAUAUAUUUGAACCAGGCGAAGCUCAAAAAGCAAAAGACGCCUACGAAGAAGCAGAGAAAGCAUUGAAAAUAAUGACGGAAGGGCAGCCAAACCUGGAUUAUGCUGGCCUAUUAAGCAAUUUGGGUGAGUAG